UCCAUUUAUUUAUUCAUUUUUUUUGGUUUUGUUUCAUUGAGCAUCAAAAACUGCGAUAAUGUUACAGAAUGCAAAAUCAGAGGAGCCCUGAUUUGAUUCACGUCUCGCACUCCGAGACGACUCAGAGAGAGAAGAUCCGAGCGCAGGAGGGGAAGGGAUCGAGUCCUCCAUGUCUGGCGAGGUCAGCCUCGGGUCUGAUGUGUGGCACCGCACACUGUUGACGCCUUUAGCAUUCUCGGACAGUCUGUAACCCCAUGUGUCCUUCCAAACUUCCCCAAUCAUGUCGGAAGCAAAAAGUGAUGACUGCACAGUACUGUGGACAGCCUGUCCGCCUGGCUGCCCCUCGCCCUCCUCUGCUAUUCUCACUGUUCUCCCUUGUCCUUUUUUUCCUGCCUCGUCUCUUCUCCCCCCCCUCUUCCUCUCUUUUCUCUGAAAGUGAGCCAGUGUGCACAAUGACCUUCAACCACACCCACGGGGAACAAAAAGAAAACAGGAGCAUGGCAUCAGGAAGGAGGAGAGAAUAGGAUAAACGAGAGGACAGAGGAGUGACAGAGGCGAGGAGAAGAAGAAGAAGAAGAAGAAGAAGAGGGGGUGAAGAAGAUUAAAAAAAAAAAAAAAAAAGAAAACCUCACGCUGAAGUGAGGAAAAUGGAAAAUCUCUCUUCUCUUGGAAGCCAGCAGAGCGCAGAGCUGGAUCUGACAAGAAAGAUGAGUCUCCAUCCCCUUUCUCACCAGUCUGAUUAAACCUCUCACUCUAAAAAAGAACCCACCGCACCACACAGAGGAAGAGGACUUGAGCCCCCUGGACGUUGGACAUUUUAAGAAAGAAAAUUGCAUCUGUGGUUCGACAAAAGGAACCCCAAAUUAAUUUCUCCAAACGGAAGACGGCAGCCAGCCUUUCUUCUGAAAACUGUUUCCAAAAGAUUCAUUUUGGGAGCAGAUCUGCCUCAGAAAUUCCCAAUCCUUCUGUUUAAGUAUGCAGUAAGCCGGCUGUAAUGAGUUAAUCUACAACAGAGGGAUGAUUUCCUUGUGUGACUAAGACAGUAAGUAGACAGAAGGAGGACUAAUUAAAGUUGUAACAUCUGCCUUCUGAGCUCUAAAUGUGUCUACAGGCUACAAGCAUCUUUCGCUCCACUUCCUCGCGCUUUAUUUUUAUUUUUUUCUAAAUUCGGAGGCGAGGAAGGGUAAAUAAGGUAAAUCUGCCUGCUCCCCGAAAACAAUGCAACUAAUCUUCCUGCAAGUGGCGUUAACCGUAACCAAUGAGUGUACUGUAACUGGGGUUUGCUUUCAAGAAUUCAUAGCGUCUAACUUCCACAGCUGAUGGAGGAGGAGGAGGAGGAGGGAGAGGAGGAGGAGGAGGAGGAGGGACUGGAAGAGGGUGGGAGGUCUGAACUGGAGGCACGUAACAUGCUUACAAAUGAACAGCACAGCCAAACUCGGACAGCGUGAGUGAGUUUCUCCCCCUUCGCUUCUCUCCUCCUCCUCCUCCUGAGCCAUCUUUCCUCGGCUGGAUCUCUCUGCGGUCUCCACUUUAACGAUUGCGCGUCGCCGCCCGAUGCCGCCGCUCCACUUCUGAGCGACUUCCCCCGUCGGUCGCUCCGCGCAGCCGGAGCCCGACAGAGCAGCAGCGGCAAGCAGAGGAGGCAGCAGGAGCAGGAGCAGCUCCCCUCCUCCCUCUCUCCCUCCCUCUCCCUCUCUUUCUCUCUCUCUCUCUGUCUCUCUGUGUCAGAAGAUAAACCCCGACAACAGCAGAAGCCGACACUGCGGGAGGUGACAGAUCCAGAUUCGAGCCUCUGCAAUAAAAACCUCGGAGCCAUUUGGAAGAUAUCGGCCACGCCAGAUCUGCACGGGAAGAGCAAUGGAUCUGGAUAAGUCUUUUUCUUUUUUUUUUUUUUGUUCUGCUGUAGCGAUGACUUUCCCCUCUCGCAGCCUCCUCUCCUGUGCACAAACACCCGGACUGUUGGAAUAAGACUUUAUUCUCAUCAACGCCAAUAAAAGCGACUUUAUUGGUGGCCGACCGCAGCUUCUCCUGAUUCUCCUGCUUCUCCUGCUUCUUUCUUCUUGGGAGGGAAAAGAGAGCACAUUUCCCAGCUGUAAAUCAAGAGGAUCGAGCCAGAGUGCAAGACGAAUGGUUUGGGCAUGGUGCCCACGCCCCAGGUGUGCGUAUCAACCCUGGUCACAGUGAGCACGAUGGCAGUGGUCGACCUCUACCUGCUGGAGCAGAGCAUGCUGGGAUCUCGUGGUCUGCCAGGGCCGAGCGUCUGGCAGUAUGCGGCUGUUUUGCUCGGGGACGUGGGCUUCCUGCUCGCGCUGCGCUUCGUGUCGGCCGGUGUGGUGUCGGAGGCGCGGUCGCCACGUCGUGGUUUUGCCAAUGCCCUCUGGUUCCUGUUCCUGUCUCUGCUCCAGCUCAAGCUCUUCUUCGUCUGCCAUAACUAUAGGCAGGAGCGCCGGCCGCCCGACCCGCUGGCCAGAAAGACGCUGACUCUGCUGCUGUCCAUCUGUCUGCCCUCCCUGUUUCUCAUCCUGACGGGGGCCGACCACAUGACGCCGCAGCGCAGGAAGCAGGAGGUGCGGGGGCGGCUCCUGUGGGUGGUGGUGGACCUGCUGGAUGUGCUGGACCUGCAGGCAGGACUGUGGGAAGCCCAAGGAGGUGCUGCAGCGGGGACUGGAGGGGUUGCUGAGCAGAGGCUGCCCAUCUGGGCCGAGGGCCUGGUCUUCUUUUACUGCUAUGCCCUCUUGCUGCUGCUGCCGUGUGUGGCCCUCACAGAGCUGGGAGCCACCGGCCUGCCAGGACAGAGGGGGCCCCGUAAGGAGGCUCUGUACCCUUGGCUCAGCUUGGUCACUAUCAAUAUCUUCACCCUGGCCCUGAGGGGCACAGGCAUGCUGUGGUACAGGGACUCCCGUGUGUCCACCGUGUUCCUGGGGAAGAACCUGCUGGCUCUGGCUGUGAAGCUGAGCUCAGCCUGGGAGAAACACAAGCAGGACCGCGCUGCAGCGGGAGCUGGGAUUGUGGCUGGAGCAGAACCAGGAGACUCAACACUGCCAAGCCAGAGCUCGGGGCAGGGAGAGGGCCAGGCCCAGGGGAAAGCCCCAGCCUCUCAUUAUCACUCGCUGUCUCGCUCCCAGAGCCACACUCUCUCCCACGUCAGCCUGGAGCCCACAGAGACGCCCUUAGGACCCUCUUUCAUCUCCCACGAACUCUAGAGAGUCACUCCGAACAGGCACGCACGCACAAAAGCAUGUACCCACACCCAGAAGUCGAGACAGCCGAGCCAGUAUCACAUCCAAACAGAGAACUUGUAUUGGAUUUCAGUACAAUGGCGAUGGGUACAAUGCAGAACUGUGGAAAUGCAUUUGGCAAGCUUGGCUUUCUGCACAUUUUGUUGUACUAAGAAUAACUCAAAACGCAUUACUGUGAUUUGUGUGAGUGUAUUUUUAAAUUGAACACUGUGAACACAUCUAUCAGACUGUAAAGAAUAUUCCAGAAAUGUGUGUUGAAGUCUCGUAGUGCUAAUUCCCUUUUUGAACGUUCAGACGUGUUGAAUUUGUUUCACUGAGGUUUUUCUUCAUAUUUGGCUUUUUUGCUGUUCCCACAUACUUGUAUUUGUGAUUUACUCAUUUAACUUUGGAUCCAGUUCGUGUGGUUUGAAAGGACAAUUUGAUCAACACUCGUCUCAUGUUAGAUGCCAAAAUACAGACUGUGACCUUUAGUGUACAAUUUCUCUGUCACUUUAGAGGGCGACCUGCACAGAGAAAAGUUUAAUACAGAGAGGAGUGAUGAUUUAUUUUCCCCUUCAGUACCACAGGGACUUGAUUCAAAAGCCAUCUACGGAGUAAAACUCACUCUGCACAUUGCUUCAGUAUUUCAAUAGAGUCUAACCCAGAGAAUCCAAACCUCUUUGGCUAGUGGCCCUUUAAAUCAAAGUCUAGUCACGAUCCCAAGUGAUGUUCCCUUCUUAGAUUUUCUUAUUUCAGAGGCCUGAUGAGGUGAAGCACCUUUUUUUUCACAGUAAAACAAGGCUAGUGAAGAGUCAGACAAACAUGAUAAACAUAGCAUUUGUAGAGGAUGUUUUCUCCUCAUAGCCUAUCUCUCCAUGUCCUGACCUCCCAGAUUUAUCAUGUACCAGUCUUGCCGUGUCGUGUAAACCAACAGGGGAAACACCGGCUGAUAAUAUAAUAGUGAUCUGGCAAGAAAUAUUCAUCAGUGAAAUCACUCACUGUGGCGUUUGGUUGGAGUGAAAUCUUGCAGACUCAUGGACCUUGUGCCCGACCAUCCCUGCCAAACUGUGUUUGUCUUUUACUUGAUUUAAAUGCAAAAUUUCAGCAAGAGAGAUUAUUUUAGAGACGUCUGCUGCACCUACACAUACUUUAGCUGCUGGUGUUAAAAACCAUCCGGUAGCCAUUUUAGCACAACAGAUUGUGCAAACAUGCAUAAAGAUGCCAACUCUUCAUGAAGAACACAGUUUCCAUAAAUAAAAUAUUUCAGUGGUGGGGCUUAAAAGAUGGGCAAUAAGCAUCUUUGCAUCAUCUUAAUCCUACUGCAACACAAACUACAGUACAGGUCUAUUUUCGUACAUUGUUUACAAAGACGGAACACCAGUGUAAGUAAUCCUUUUACAGUCUCACAACACAUUCAAAAUUCAUGUUUUGCUGUCUUCUGUCGUCUGUUCUCGUCUCAAAGGUCUAUGUUCGUCAUUUUCAAAAAGAAGAAGAAGAAACAAACUGUCCCGCUGCCUGUCCAACGAUAAAAAAAAAAAAAAAAAAAAAAA